UGUGACAUCACACCUAUAUCUUCUGUUAUUCUGUAGAUAUCGUCUCUAGCUUGUGUUCGUAUAAAUUGGAGUCGUAGCAAUUCGGAUCAAUUAGUAGCGUGAUUUAUAAUCAACAAGACGUUGCCUCUACACAGCUGGAGAUGAUUAUAUGCACUUGUGAAGACGACGAUCCAGAUUUACCUCGGAUUUCAACCACUGUUAGUGUAACAGAUCCAGUAAUCCAUUAUUCAGGUGAUAAGAGACGUUGUACAACUUACCAAAUUAUUUUACAGAGUAAUGACUACUGUUUCUCGUGUUCAAAAUCUGUAGUUCGUAGAAGCUUUUCUGAAUUUUUAUUUUUAAGACGAUUAUUGAAACAACUACACCCUACUUUGAACCCACCAUCUUUGCCUUCAGAUUCUUUCUUUCGUGAUCAGUUCACAGAAGAAUUUAUAGAACAAAGACGACAACUAUUAGAAUUAUUUAUGUUAAAAAUUUUGAAUGAACCACUGUAUUUGUCAAACAAAGCACUGCAUCUUUUUCUUCAAAGUCAUUUAUCGAUGAAAGAAAUUGAAAGUAUAGUAUCUGGUAAUUCAUGUUGUCCACCGGGUAAAUUAGAAGAAAGUGCAUUUUUUGUUGACUCUUGUGCCUCGGACAUUUCUUCCAAUAUUUCUGAAUGUCCAAGCUGUGAUUCACUCGAUGCUUCAGUUUCCCAUAGUUCUUCUUCAAAUAAGCAAGUGGCCUUGCUGAGUAUCAACCAAGAGGCAUUUGUAGCUUCGUUGCCAUUUCUGGACUGCAAUACUGACAUUCAUAUUACAAAAGCAUGUCGUCAUUCUAAAUCAUGAUUAUUGUAUUUAUAAAUUAUGCAAAUGAAUUUCAUUAUUUUUUAUAUAAAGUGCCAUUAAAAUUUUUUUUCACUUGGAAUUUAAAAUUGAAUAUUUCAAAUUGUGAAAAUAUCACAUUUACAUAAAAAUAAGAUGCAAACUAGUUUUUAAAUUUUCAACAAACAAUUGUGAUAAAUAUGAUAAAGAAUGUUUCUUAUAUUACAAAUAUAUCUGUGAUAGUGCUUUAUUUGUACAGGGCCGUCCUUAUCAUUCUUAGCUGUACCAUCAAUUUCUUUGUACAAUUAACUCAAACUAUUUAAAAACCAAAAUUACUUUUUUGAGAAAAAAUCAGUAUUAAAUUUCAUUUAGUAACUAUGGACUUUUUCAUCAUCAUCAUCAUCAUCAAUGUACUUGUUUAAGAUAUUCUGUCAAAUUGACAUUAAUGUAAAACAGAUGUUCGUUGUUCAGUUUUUUAAAUGAUUUAAUAUUUAACUGCAGUACAAUACUAAAUUGUAUUUAAAUUUAUAAGAUUCCAAAAUCAGUGUUAUAGUGUUCUGCAUAACAUUAUGAAAUUUAGUAAUUUAAAAUUAUUGCCAGUUUUAUUUGAAUAACAAUAUCCUCUACUAUUGUUGGAUUUCUGAAAAGUUAUUAAUUUUAUCUACCUAUGUAAGUUAAUAAUUUAGAAACAAAUAAUGUGUUUAUUUAGCAAACAAACUUUAAUUUUCUAUUAAAAAUACACCUGUUCAUUUUCUGAUAGUGGUAUGUAAAAA